UCCCCUUAAAAUAUUUUUACGAAAAUAACAUAACCGGGAGGUCAUGCGUUUACGUCUGGACGCACACGGACAGAAUUGCACUGCAGGUAUGGACACUGUUGGGCACUGGACAUGCUCUCUGGUUUUCAUUUUGACUUUCAUGAUAUGUCCAGUCUUGGUCCAGCCAAUCAAGUCUUUGCCUUUGGUCCCCUUCUUUACGGUGUGGAAUGCUCCCACCGAGCGCUGUGGGACUCGCUAUGGCAUCGACCUCGAUCUGAGCGUCUUUGACAUCAUCUAUAACCAGAACCAGACCUUCGUUGGCAGUAACGUCACCAUCUUCUAUUCAGACCAGCUGGGCCUCUACCCGCACUACACUCAGCAGAAUGAAUCUGUGCACGGCGGUGUUCCUCAGAACUGCAGUCUGAGGGCUCACCUGUUACAGGCAGACUCUGACAUCCGGAAAGCCAUCCCGGAGCGGACCUUCCAAGGGCUGGCCGUUGUGGACUGGGAGAGUUGGCGGCCACUGUGGGAGCGGAACUGGGCCAGUAAGGAGGUGUACUGGCAAGGCUCACGGGAACUGGUUAGGGCCAAGCACCCUCACUGGCCACCAAAGCAGGUUGAGGCGCAGGCUAUUAAAGACUUUGAGGGGGCAGCUCGGGCCUUCAUGGAGGAGACCCUGCUGCUGGGCCGUGCCGAACGGCCGGGCGGACUGUGGGGCUUCUAUGGCUUCCCUUGCUGCUACAACUACCAAUACAAGAAGAAUGAGACCUACACCGGAGAGUGCCCUCCUCUGGAAGUGAAGAGGAACAACAAGCUGACAUGGCUAUGGAAUGCCAGUACAGCUCUAUAUCCUGACAUUUACCUGGAUCUGGGGCUUAGGGGUCGUGACCGAGAAAUUCUGCUGUACACCCGACACCGCGUCCUAGAGGGUAUGCGGGCAAGAGAGCAGGUCACCCUCAGCCCUCCAUCUGUUAUUCCGUAUGCCCGGAUUGUCUAUACCUACACUCUGGAGUUUCUUUCGCAGGAUGAUCUGGUUCAUACCAUCGGUGAGAGUGUUGCAUUAGGAGCAGCAGGAGUGGUACUGUGGGGAGAUUCACUCUACGCCCGGAGCAAGAGCACCUGUAAAGCCGUGAAGGACUACCUGGACACUACACUGGGCCAAUACAUCGUGAACGUGACCGAGGCGGCAUUCCUCUGCAGCAAGGCCCUGUGCUCGUCUCGGGGCCGUUGCGCCAGGCGAGACCCAGGGUCAGUGGCCUACCUACAUCUAGACCCAACCUUGUGGGUCAUCAUUCCCAGAGCGGAGCUUCCAGGCGGGCCCACCGAAGGCCCGUCCUAUGUAGUGCAGAGGAGGGCGAGGAGUGGUAUGGGGAAGAGGAGUUCUUUCACAGGGCCAUUUAAGUGCCAAUGUUUCCCAGGCUGGAAGGGGGAUCACUGUGAGAAUCCAAUACCUUUUAACAAUUCAACCUGAAUAAGGGUCCUAGGGUUAUUAACAGCCAAAUUUCUGGCUUUUAUAAACUGGAAGUGUUUUCAUCUGGGUAAUGACCCAAUGCCAAAAUCUGAUCAUUUGCGUAUGGAAAGACAUGGAUAGCUUGCCCUUAAGCAAAGCUACGCUAGGCUAUUUGAACUUGAGGGUUCUGACUGUAUUUUAAAAAGAAAACAAAAGGCAGUUGACAUGUUUUUCAGUUACAAAAGGCCAUUUGAAGAUGGUACUUCUUACCUUUUUAUUGUUAUGGCAUAUAGCAGCUCAAAAAUGAAUUCAUCCCACUAUGCUUAGAACUGUAUAGCCUCAUGAAGGCCUGUUGUAUACAGGGGUUGGCUCACACAGUCAUCUUCAAGAUGCAGUAAGAAAUUCUUUAUAAUGAAAUUCAUAGCCAUAACAAAAAUGCACCUUUUAAAAUAAAUAAAAAAUACUGAGGCACAAGAAGCAUGUCAAUGUCAAGUGACCUGUAGAAAUGAAUAGUAAUUUCUAACGGUGAAGUGUGACAGUCACAUUUUUAGCAUGCUUGUUUUUUAAUUUAAAAAUAAAUUGAUUUUAUAUAAUCAACAUUUUAUGUAAUCUAGAAAUGCUGUUCUAAUUAAACUGCCCAUUUGUUUGUGGCUUUCAGAUUUGUAGUAGGUUCUUUUGUUACCCUUCUUUUGUUACCCUUUUUUUUAGUUUAUUUUUUAAAAUGAUUUUCCUAUUUUGUUACUAUUAUAGUUUGCUUUCAGAAUGUACACAGCUGUUGUCGUCGUCGUCGUCGUCGUCACCCCAGCCCCCGGCCCCUUCAGGGUUUUCCCUGUAUUUCAUCUACCACAGGUCCAUAGGCGUAUACCCCUUGCAUCGCCGCUAGAUGGCGCUAAAUGUAUAGCAAAACAAUUUUGUUGGCGUUCUUUCUUUACUGCCAUUUUAAUUUUGGCAAUCUAUUAUAUUCAGUAAGGCUCAGCCAGUAGUUUUACUGUUGGGCAUCGUUAGAGAGCAGUGACCGGGGGACUAUGGCAGAGUGUAGACUGAUCUGGACUGAAAAAAAGACUCUAUAUAUAUAUAUAUUAUAUAAAUAAUAUCCUAGAGUUUCUCAAAGGUCAGAUUUCACUCUACAUAAGAGACUUCACAAGUUAUAGGAAUCAAACCGAUGACUGAGGUCCAAUACUAGGAUCACUUGCAUGAAAAAUGUUUUUGGCUCUUAUGUUGCAAUAAAUUGACCCAGAGGACCCUAAAGGACUUAUCAUACAUUAGCAGUAUAACCGCUGUUUAAAUGUAUCUAUUUGUAAUUGUCUGGGUGCAUUAGGUAUUUAUGCUUAUCUUCAGCUGUGGUGUACAUCUGCAUGUACUA